AUGUCGCUUAUAUUCGAGAUAUCCAUGCUGGAUAAAUGGAAAGUAGAGUCGAAGGCAACCCACAAGCUAAGCAUGGUCGAUUUGGCGAAAUGCGGUCUUGAUAUUGAGCGUCAUCUCCAGCAAGAAUUAGCAAACCUUAGCAAUAAACAGGGACCAAUCCAAUCAAAGGGGUCCUCGGCAAUUCACAAUAUUCCAUCUCGCAUAACAGCUACAAAAGCAUAUGCGCUCUCUGCCAUUGUAUACCUGCAUGUCGUUAUAUCCGGCCCCUAUCCUAACUUGAUGCAGGCCAUGGAAGACUCUCGCAUGUGGGUGAUCUUGGCAGCGGCGGGAACCUAG